AAAAUGCAUCGCGCUGACCGCCCGCCGAGCACGGACGGCGUUUGAUGUAGCACGUUUUAUUAUUUAUUUAUUUUUCGAUCUGGAAAUUUCUUGACUUUGUUGGGAGAGCGAGCGAGCACUGCGGCCUUGCAUCCAGCUGAAUGAACGAUGCGGACUUUACCAGCAGCCUGAUUUAGCACCGCAUUUCCCACCCGGAUGACCGUUUUCAGCACAGCCAACAGCGUCUCUUUUCUGCGAUCUGCGUGUUUUUAUGGGAGUGACGGAUAGCUAGUAGCCGAGACACAAUGUGGAAGUGGAGGCGGCUGAUGCGGUUGUCCAACCGCUCCUUAAUGGCCUUCAUCUUUUUCUUCUCCAUGUCCACGACCUGCCUCUACUUUAUUUAUGUGGCUCCCGGGAUAGUCAACACAUAUUUCUUCAUGGUACAGGCUCAGGGUAUCAUGUUGCGAGACAAUGUGCGGACCAUUGGUCACAUGAUCAGACUAUACACCAACAAGAACAGUACACUCAACGGCACAGAUUAUCCAGAUGGAAGUAACUCCAGCGAGUAUAUCGCUCAGCCAACCACAUACCUCCCAGAGAACUUCACAUAUGCUCAGAACCUGCCCUGUCCAGAACGGUUACCUUCUAUGAAGGGUCAGAUGGAUGUCAACAUGACAGAGGUUCCUAUGGAGGAGAUUGAACUGAGACUCAAACAUAUGGACAUUCAAUUUGGAGGCCACUGGAAGCCCAAAGAUUGCAAACCACGCUGGAAGGUGGCCAUAUUAAUCCCCUUUAGGAAUCGCCAUGAGCAUCUUCCCAUUCUAUUUCAGCACCUUACUCCAAUGCUCCAACGCCAACGCUUGCAGUUUGCCUUUUAUGUCAUUGAACAGACGGGUACUCAGCCGUUUAACCGUGCCAUGCUGUUUAACGUGGGCUUUAAAGAGGCUAUGAAAGACCUGGACUGGGACUGUGUGGUGUUUCACGACGUCGAUCACAUUCCAGAAAACGACCGUAAUUACUACGGCUGUGGUCAGAUGCCUCGACACUUCGCCGCCAAGCUGGACAAAUACAUGUACAUCCUUCCCUACAAUGAGUUUUUUGGUGGAGUGAGUGGACUUACUGUUGAACAGUUUCUCAAGAUCAAUGGCUUUCCCAAUGCAUUCUGGGGCUGGGGAGGAGAGGACGAUGACCUCUGGAACAGGGUUCAUUAUGCAGGCUUCAAUGUUACCAGGCCAGAAGGUGAUAUUGGCAAAUACAAAUCUAUCCCCCAUCACCACAGAGGAGAAGUGCAGUUCUUGGGAAGGUACAAGUUGCUGAGGUACUCCAAAGAGCGACAGCAUCUGGACGGCUUGAACAAUCUGCAGUACUCUCCGGAAAUCUCUCUGAGCAACCUGUAUAAGAACAUCACAGUCAACCUCAAUCCUGAGCUCGCCCCCAUUGCAGAGUACUGACAGGCUCAGCGUGACCAAUCCUUCCCCGCCCCUCGAGUCAGAAAAUGUGAUGUAUCGAUGCCAAACGCCCUUAAAAACAGGAGCAACGAGGGCAAAGGCCUGCCUAAUGCACAGUUAAUUGCGUGACGUGAGUGUGUGCGCGCGUGCGGAUCUACUGGAUCAUAUCUGUGAAAGUGUACUAGCGUGACUGCGUCCGUUCAAUUGCAUGUUUCUCUAUGUCCAUGCUGGCUUUAGCGAAUCCGAUCGCAACACAUAAAAAAAAAGAGGUGGGGAGUGCCAGCGUCAACGAAUCAGAUGUUUACUGCGAAGCCUUAAUUGAAUUUUAUAGGCUAUCAAACGCUAGAUCCAGUCAUCUGUGCUUACAUUGUAGAAAGCUUGGUUUUACAUUGCAACAGCACUAUAUACUUGACGCCAAUAGACAUUUUUGUCAUGUUCUGUUAAUAUCAAAUUUUUUUUAUAUACAUAUCUACCGUUUUUUUUUAAAGAGAAAUUGUCUAGAUGAUGUUAUUGCAGUUUAAAUGGAUGUAUUUUAAAACUGUCCUUCACCUUUUUUUGUAAUCUUAUGGAAUACAUCUCACCUUGGUGGUGUGUAAUGGUUGUUUUUUUUCAACAGUCCCAUGGCUAUACAGAAUGCUGACAAGUUGCAUGAAUUACCCAGACUACCCUGUAAAUAACUGGCCUUUUAAACAAUGCUUUAGCUUUGUCCCCUAAAAGACGCCUGUGGUUCCAAUGGAAACACUCUUCUUUUCUGGCAGCUAUUAGUUGUUUUUGUUCAUUUUAAGUGAUUUUUAAAAAAAAAUCUUCAAUGGUGUGGGACACUACAGACAUAUAAAUAAAAAAAAAGUAAAAAAAAAAAAAAAA